UCAUUGUAUAAAUGAUUUUUCAGUUAUACAACGAAUAUUCAUUCGGUUUGUUACAUCAAACGCAUUAAAUCAUUGAUAAAAAGCAAUCGAUCAUGGUUGACCGUCAAAAUCGGAUAAACGAUCUAAACGAGUGCAUAAAAAAUCAUGUGGGUAACAUGAACAGUUGGUCAAACUCGUGUCAAUUACGACCGUCUAAUGACUUUGGUUGUGGUGUAUUUGCGAUAAGAGAUAUUAAGCCCAAUGAAUUGUUAUUCGAAGAUAAACCAUUGAUGUUGGGUCCGACGGGAAACAAAUACGAACCAAUUGUAUGUGUCAUUUGUUACGAAAAAAUUGAGAAUGACGUGCAUUUAAAUCUAUGCCCUAGACAAUGCGGCUUGAUAUUAUGCCGUGGCAAAAGUGUAUGUGCUGAGCAACACUUGGCUGAGUGUGAACUUUUACAAAAAUGGAAACCAAAAAAUCCAAAUGAAUUAUCGUUCAAGAAAUUAAGAGCAGUGAAUGUCAUUCGAUCGUUAUUUUUGAGCGAAAAAGAGAAAAACUUUCUCGAAUUGAUGCAAAAGAAUUUCGUUAGUUUGGAGAAUGAAAUUUUUUUCAAUGAUGAGUUCGAAAAUUUUCCAGAAGAUAAAGAAACCCUGGUGGCCUUACGAUCGGCAUCGGCCGCUAUAAACACAAAUGCAUUCAAAGUACUGUAUCGAUGCGGGGACGAUGAUGAUGAAAAUCUUACCGAUGGCAGAGAUGUUAGUGUCACUGGCUUCUAUCCAGUCAAAUCAUUGAUUAAUCAUAAGUGCUCGCCAAACACACGACACGACAUUGACAAACAUUUUGUAGGACGUGUACUAGCUUCGCGGCCAAUAAAAAAGGAUGAACAAAUAUUCAUAUCGUAUUCGCAACUGUUAUGGGGAACGAAUUCACGGCGUAUGCACAUGAUUGUUUCGAAACAAUUCCGAUGUGAAUGUGAACGGUGUAUUGAUCCAACGGAAAAUUCAACGAAUUUAUCAGCAAUUCAAUGUGCAGAUAAAAAUUGCACUGCUGGUCUCGUGUUACCCAUUGAACCUCUUGACUUUCGAUCACCUGCCAAAUGUAAUUGUUGUGGAAAAAUUUGCGAGAAUAGACGAUUUUUACAAACACACGAAUUGGCCGCUACAAUAACCCGAAAUUUCACAAGCACGAAAUUUACAUUGGCGGAAUUGGAACAGUUUUUUGAAGCUAGAUUAUACAAACUUGUACCAGAGUGUAGUCAAUUUGUGGUUGAGUGUAAAUUGAAAGCCGCUAAGCAUAUGCCAUCAAAUUGUCAAGGUAUUAAUGUUGCUUUAGUUUUUCAUCACAUGAAAUGUGAUCCACUUCAUUUAAAUUUAGAUUUAUACAAAAUAAAAAGUUAUUGCGAAGAUAUUCUGCGGAUACUGAAUAGACUCAAUGUCGGCGAAUGUUCAUUGAAAGGAUUUUUGGCUCAUAAAUUGUACACAGUUCGGAAAAAACUGAAGAAUUUCUCUGAAAUAUUACAGAAUGACAGCGAUAAUAGUCAAAUUUCGAGUAUAGACUUUCUCCUGAAUGACGAUGAAGAACUUUGGAAAACGGCAAACGUAAUUUUAAAGAAUGUUUCCGCUGCACCAAGGGACAUCUUUGAAAAUUGAUCAUCAAUUUUUAAAACAAGUUUAAAAGAGGUAAUACUGUUACAAAUGAAUAAAAUUUAAAGUAGCCAUUUUAGUAAUGUUCGAAUUCCUUUAUAACUGAAUCCAUUGAAAUAAACAACAAAGU